UAAAGCAGCUCGUUUUGACGCAUAUCGGCCGACUUCUUCCGACACUGGAAAAUGUAUCCGACUUUUCUUGGUCGCAUUUUUAUCGCAAACAAAGAAAAGCCUUUGAGAAAAUAGUAAAAGAGCCCGACGGGAGGAAAGGUUCAGGUGCCCCCACCUCAUGGAGAAAGUAGGAAAGGUGUGGAGCAACCUGAAGAGGGGAUGUCAAUCUCUGCUCCACCAUGAGGCAAGUUCCCAAAGGGAAGCACAACCACAGACUCGAACGUCUUUUCAGAGUUUGGACCAGCACCAGGAAGAGAGGGUACUGGAAGCCACCAGUCCCUCAUCUAGCCUGUCCACAGUCUCUGUAGUUUCUCAGAGGGUUAACGGCAACGUUGCACGUCGGGGUCACAACUGUGUCGCUGAUGUGCCACAGAUACUGGAGAUCACAGUCGAGCAGGACAGUGAAGAUGGGUGUGCUCCGUUGGGGGCACGCAGAGACUCAUAUUCGCGACAUGCACCUUGGAGUGGCAAAAAGAGGCACUCAUUCUCCACCAGGGCACAGAGCUCCCUUGAGAACACAGAAUGGAGGAGUGGGCGCUCCCGCCGGAAGCACGUAACUGGUAGCAGCAGAGAUGAGCCAGACUUGGUCCCACGCACACUGCGCCAGCAGUUUCACGACACGAUGGGCUUAUGCCUGCCUCUACGUUUAUCACGUGGCACACACUCACGUGUCCCCAAGCGCAAAAUCCAGAUCACAGAGCUGAUGCUGGACACAUGUCCCUUCGCGCCUGGCUCUGAGCUUGCCCGUAAAUGGCACCUCAUUAAACAGCAUACAGCACCUGUUACGUCAACAGCAGUGGACUGUAGCACAGAUUCCCCUAAUGCUGGUCGAGCUUCUCCGGAGGAUGAGGAGGAACGUCUGCGUGAACGGCGAAGGCUUAGUAUAGAAGAGGGUGUGGAUCCACCUCCUGAUGCUCAGAUCCACACAGUGGAGGCUGUUACAGCUCCUUCGGCCUCCGUCUACAAAUUGGGACCCAAACUGACUCCUGGUGUAGGGGAGACGGUGGGGGAAAGCCGGGGAGCUGCAGCAGCCGACUGCGACUCUGAAGACGACGACACCACCACCCUUUGUCUUCAGGCUCGCCGACCCAAACAGCGCCACGUAUCUGCAGAGAGCAAUAAGCAGCCAGGUCCCUGGAAGGUACACACUCAAAUCGACUACAUCCACUGCCUAGUACCAGACCUGCUACAGAUCACAGCACUUCCCUGUUACUGGGGUGUAAUGGACCGUUACGAGGCAGAGGCUCUGCUGGACAGCCGCCCUGAGGGAACCUUUCUGCUACGUGACUCUGCCCAAGAGGACUACCUGUUCUCCGUUAGUUUUCGCCGAUAUGGUCGCUCGUUACAUGCUCGCAUUGAACAGUGGAAUCACAACUUUAGCUUUGAUGCCCAUGACCCCUGUGUUUUUCAUGCAGCCACAGUGACGGCACUACUGGAGCACUACAAAGACCCCAGCGCGUGCAUGUUCUUUGAGCCUCUGCUCACCUUGCCCUUCCACCGGACUUUUCCUUUUGCUCUGCAGAGCCUGGCUCGGGCUGUCAUCUGCCGUGGGACCACCUAUGACGGCAUUGCGGCGCUGCCUUUGCCACCUGCGCUUCAGGAUUACCUCAGGGAGUAUCACUAUAAACAGAGGGUGCGGGUGCGCUGGCUAGAGCGAGAGAUGCUCAAAGCCAAGUGAGACAGUAGCUGCAGGGUUCUACCUCUGCUAGAAUAGGAAAGGAGUUUGGCGGGGGCUUACAC